GCUUUAUGGCGAGAGCGCGGGGGGAGCCGCGUGUAAAAAGGGAGUUACUAGGGCAGGAGGAAACGCGGGCUGGUCGUCUGCUGAUAAGAAAAUUAAUUGCAGAAAAACUAUGGAUACCUUGGAAUGAAAUACACUUGCAAAGGACAUCAAAAGGAAAACCCUUCCUGGUGAAUGACAUACUCGGUAUCCAUCCCAAUUUCAAUUUUAAUGUCUCUCAUCAAGGGGAUUAUGCAGUUCUUGCAGCUGAGCCUGAGUUUCAAGUUGGCAUUGAUAUAAUGAAGACUAAUUUGCCAGGUAGUGGUUCAGUUCCGGAUUUCUUUCGCAUUAUGAAACGACAGUUUACAGAGGCAGAGUGGAUGGUAAUCAAGUCCAUGAAUAACGAAUGGAUUCAGCUAGAUAUGUUUUAUAGGCACUGGGCACUAAAGGAAAGCUUUAUAAAGGCCAUUGGGAUUGGAAUAGGCUUUAACCUGCAAAGGAUUGAAUUUAAUGCCUCCCCAUUGCAGCUGGAAGUAGGGAAGGUUUACAAGGAGACAAAAAUGUUGUUGGAUGGAGACAAGGAAGAAGGGUGGACUUUUGAGGAAACCCGGUUGGAUGAUCUCCAUCAUGUUGCAGUAGCUCUGGGGAAACCAGAAGUAUUUGUACAGAAGGAUUCCAACGUUUUUUCUAAAGACCUGACCCAGCCACAAUUCCAGGUAUUGACUUUUGAUGAUUUAGUUGCUACCGGUGUUCCUAUGGCACCUGAAGACCCUGCAUACUGGGAUAACUUUUGUUCCAAGCAGGAGUGCCCAGCACGCCAGAGUACUCAUUCAAGAUAAGACUGUGUUUCCAAGAAAAGAAGCUGAAAUCUUUCAAAGACCACACAUUGUUCCUUUGCAAAGCUUAAUUUGAGUGUGUGUAUACAUUUCCCCUUUUAGACCAAUAUUCGGUUUCCCAGCCUCACAAAGCUGCCACCUUUUACCCUCUUUACCCUAUGCUGAGAUCAUUUCAGGCUAAAGAAACUGUGAAAUAAAUGAUCUAAAUUGAUCCUG